UUUCAGAUAACUUUUCCGCCAGCAAAAUCAGAGCCACGGUUCCUGAAAUAAUUAGCUAGCUAGCGUUGUAGCACAUGCAACUGCAACUGUAACUAACACUGGUCUUCCCUUUGAAUUGAAAAUGUGCGUGUUGGGCCAGAAAUUCAAAAAGAAAAAAAAUUAGUCAACGGCUUCUAACAUUUUAAAAAAUGCGAGAAAAAAAGUGGAAGCGAUGCCUAUUAGGACAAGACGAAGAAUUCUGGAAAAUCUGUUAGGAGUUAUCUUCUUGUGCCAACAGUAAGAACCAGUUAUUUCAGCAUUGUCAGAACAGAUAACACUGCUUUCAAGCAAAAUAAUCGGAUGGAUACUGUAGACAUUGGCUAGAAGUUGACGACGUUCGAAUCUAACCAGAUGUGGAAGUGGUUAAGUUUGGAUGUAUAUGCAUGGUCGCUUGGUGACAUUGGGGUGGGUCUGUAUUAGUUUGUGUGCGGUUCCCCAAGGCAACCACGGCUGCUGCUUUGAAGUGCGGAUGAGCUCAAAUCUCGACGACUUUCUCUGUCUAGCAUUGAAUGCCGUUGCAAAAGAUUUCCAGACCAGACAGAACCAGUGAGAGGGAAGCGCUUUUAUCCAUACCUCACGUAGCCAAGGCAACAGGGUCUGCCACGCCGGCUGUGAGAUGCAUCAACAGUAGAGGACUCAGUUUUGUGCUUCACACCAGCUUCAGGCUGCCCUGCUAGAGAUCAGCACCUGACCAGCGACAAGGAUUCACUCCCAGCCGAGCGCUGCAUCAUGGCUCUGGAGGCGGACUCUGACGUAGCUACCAAGCAGCCAAUCGGGACGCGAUUUGUCGUCACACCUGGCUGGAGGCCGCUGUGAGUUGGGCCAGAGAGAGAGGGAGGGAGGGAGAGAAAUAGAGGGAGAGAGAAUGGAUAUAAGGGGACGACACACCACAGCAGGGCUCAUGUUCUGGACCCCUGCCCCCGCGCCCGCCUCUCCUGUCAGCUCUGUGGUGUCAGAGGUGGACUGGGGGAGGGAGGAGGAGAAGGAGGAGGGGCUGGAGGAAGAUGAAGAGGAGGACUUCCACAGCCAGAUGGAUGAGAAUGGGAUCAUAGGGCUGGAAGAGGCCCUGGGGGAGAUGGGUCUUCAGGGAGAGGGGGAGGAGGAGAGAGAGGGGCCCUGGUCACCUGGAGCCCGGGACCCAGAGGAGGGGUCUGCUGGUGGGUUAGGUAGGUCGGGGAUGAGCCCUGAGGAGGGAGACCGUCUGGAGGAACACAGUUACGACAUGGGGGAACUGCUGGACUCUGAGCCUCUGUCUUUAUCUCAACCGCCUGGAGAAGAUUCCCUCAACUUGUCAAUCUAUGAGGAUGGUGUGGAGGUCUGGACCGAGGAGGAGGAGCUGAGACAGGAGGAGGAGGAGGAGCAGAGGAUGAUGCUGCAGCGCAGCACGGAGCUCCUGCCUGUGAGAGACCGACAGCUGGACAUGACGGAGGAGGAGGAAGAGGAGGAAGAGGAGGAGGCAGGGCGUGGCUGUAUGCAGGAGGGCUGGGAGGAUGGAGGAGAGGGUGGGGAGGAGAGCCAGGAGAGGAGCCCUCACAGCGCUCCCCCACCAACCCUAGGACCCGGCCAGCGCUCUGCCCCAGAGAGGGUUACCAGACGGGGCUCUGGCCAGCCCUCCCUUCUCUCCCCUCCCCACACGGUUCUCAGUCCCGCCCCUCGUUCUCCCUCUCCCGACACGGGUUCCACGUUCCCCCACCUCCUGCACUUCUCCUCCGAGGAGCUGGCCGACUCCCCGGGGAUAGAAGCCGAGACCCUCCCAGAGAGCCUUCUGGAAUCCCACUGCAGCCACGCCCCCGGCUCUCAUUGGCUGCCGGACUCCGAGGGGGAGGAGCCUAUUCCUCUCCCAAACCGCGAGACCUCCUACCGGCUCAGCGGGAACGCGGUUACCCGGGUAACCAACGACCCGGGUGCGGCCCACCGUCGGCCAUGCCCCUCCCCCUCGCCCAGGAAGCAGAGGCAGCGUUCUCCCCAGGCCCUGCCCUCCCCUCAGAAGGCCCCGCCCCCUGCUACAGAGUCCCGCCGUGGGAAUAGUGGGGGAGACAGCCGGGCCAGGACCCCUGGAGAGAGACGCUCCCAGCCCAGCCUGGACGAGGAGAGGCGGGACCCCUUGACCUUCCCCACGCCCGACUUCUCCAAGGUGGAACCCAGGGUCCACUUCCCCAAGGACGGGUACAAGCCCCCCAGGAGCAAGGGUUCCCCCAGGAAGACGUGCCUCCCCGCCGAGCCCCCCCUGGUCUUCAAGUCCCCCGCUGACAUAGUGAGGGAGGUGCUUCUGAACGACCCUGGGGCCCCAGCCCCCCGCGGGGCCCUCAGGGGCCCCGUCUCCACGGUGCCCCAGGAGUUCAGGUGCCCCUGGCAGGCCACCACUCUGAUGCAGCAGCUGCAGGAGGACUACAACAGACUGCUGACUAAGUAUGCUGAAGCUGAGAACACCAUUGACCGCAUGCGCCUUGAGGCCAAGGUGAACCUCUACUCAGACCCACCAAAGCCCAGUCACUCCAUCCAAUCAGCAGCUUUCCAGGAGGGUUCAAAGGUCAUGACCCUUACCUUUCCCCGCGCUCAGAGGGUGGAGACCUCCGAUUCUGCUCAUCACUCAGGAGCCUCCCCGUGCCGGCCCUCCUCCUCCUGCUCCUCCUCCUCCAGGGUCCGGGACCUCCCGCUGGGUCUGGCUCUGGCCCAGAGCCUCACCAGGCAGGCGGGAAGGUUCCUCCAGCAGGUGCAGACCUAUGAAGAUCUGUCUCAGAGGGGAAAGCUCAAAGCCGCUGACCAGAUGAAGGGUCUCUCGUGGCUCGCCCAGGGGCUGGACUCCCUGGAGAGAGGGUACCUGACGGCCAGAGACGAGCACAGACUGUUGGAGCAGAGAGGUCUGGAGACCGGCCCCUUCGACCCCGACAGGGAGUUGGAGGGGCUGAUAUUCCAGUGUGGGACGCGUAUGGAGGAGCUGAAGGAGCAGAAUGCACAAUACCAGCCCUCCUCUGAGGCCCCUCCCUCCCCUCCUCCUAACCCCGCCCCCCUGACCACGCCCCCUGGAGCCUCGGGGGGGGCGGAGGUCAGCUCAGCCAGCAGAGAGAGCGAGGGAGGCAUGGAGGACGAGCAAGCCCCGCCCCCAGCCCUCCUCCGCCUCCGGGCGCUGCUUGAGAAACAUCCGCUGGUGGAGACGGAUUUCAGCGCCCUGAUUGGCCACUUCCAGGACUUCAGAGAGCUGACUGGCCUGCUGGACAGGGGCUGGAGGGAGGGGGGCCCUGCAGGGGGGCCGGGGGGCCCUGCAGGGGGGCCGGGGGGCCCUGCAGGGGGGGGCCCUGCAGGGGGGCCGGGGGGCCCUGCAGGGGGGCUGGGGCCCCCAGGAGAGGCCGGAGCAGGGACGGCGCCACACAGGGGCCAGGAGGGGAGUCUGGGAGAGCCAACCACAGCUCACUCCACCAGGACCCCAGCAGCCCGGCCACGGGGCAGCCAAUCAGAGCCUCCCUCUCCCAACACGCACAGCCAAUCGCAUGCCCUUCCCCGGCAGUCGACCAAUGGGAGUAAGAGGUGCGCGGCGAGGAGGUGUGCCAAGCUGCAGGCUGCCAGCGUGGGAGAGGGUGCCAAGCUGCAGGCUGAGGCCAGGAGAGCGCAGUCACAGGACGGGGUCCUCUCCCCAGAGACUGACAGUGGCUUCGUGGGUUCAGAGAGCUGCCGUCUCACCCCUGCAGCUGCCAGUCCUCUCCACCAGGGGGCGAGCGUGUCUGCUUUUCGAGAAGAGAUCCCAGGGAAAGUCCACCCCUCUCAGGAGCAUGAUGGUAGGUCCCGGCUCAGCACCCUGGGGCAACCGCAGAGCGUACCAAGUCGGGCCAGAGGGAGAGAAGGCAGAGGGGGCUCUGGCUCCAGCUCGUCCCAGCUCUGGGCCCCCCAGAGCCCUCAGAACUGGCCCAGCAGUGGGGCCAGCAGGGGGCCCAGCAGGGGGCCCAGCAGUGGGGCCAGCAGUGGGGCCAGCAGGGGGGCCAGUGAGUUUGGACCAGACAGUGACCAGGGUUCAGGGGAGGACGAGGGACAGAACUACGCCCCGCCCACCUCACGUCACCGCUAUCCCACAAGCCCCUCCACCUCUUCACCCUAUUUCCAUGACGAUCUCGUCAGAGCCCGGAGCUUCUGUCACCUGACUCACACCAACAAGGCCAUCCAGGCCCUGCAGGCAGAGAUGGGCAGGCUGAAGGACAGACUGGCGUUGUGUUCCGGUCAGACCGGGCUCCCCAGCGCUGCCACAGCGCCCCCCACUGCCCCAGGGGAGCCGCCACACCCUCCCAGCUCCACUCGUCUCAGCAGGCCUGCUCAGAGACUGGAGGAGGCUGUCAGAAAGAGAGGGGGAGAGGAAGAGGAGAGGGCUCCCAGACCUGCCCCCAGGAAGAGAGUCGGGCAGAGAGGGGAUCUGGACCUCACCUCAGAUUCAGAGCAUGCCCAGUCAACGCCCAGACCACGGUCCUCCAGACUUAUCCCAGAAUCCCCUGCUGCACAGGCAGGAAGGCGUCAACACAGCAGAGGCGUGAGGAGCAGAGGAGCCCACGUCCGGCAGCGUGUGGGCGUGUCUGUUGCGGUGGAUGAGCCAGACGAUCGCAGCAGGACGCUAGCUGGGUGUUCCCUGUGUGCUCCCCUCCGUCACUCCACCCCAGCAGGGCCAGGAGGGGGUGACACUGAGGCGAGAGGCCCCAGUCCUCACUGCACCGUGUGUGGGACGGCCGACAGACACGGGCCCGCCCUCCUCCACCCGGCACGCAGCCUUGAGAAAGACGCAGGCCACGCCCCCCAAACCAGCCAACCUAUGAGCCAACCAAUGAGCUAUCCACACAUGUUUCUGGCAGCCCCGCCCCUUCCUGUGCUCGGUGGCGUGGCAUUGGUCCAGUGUGUGCCCGUGUGCUCUGCGCCAGUUCUGUUCCUACCCAGCCCUGUGUCGCAGCCCCCCUCCUACCCCCAUCCCGUCUACGUGGUGCAGGGCGAGGGGGCGUCCCGGGGGGUCAGAGGUCGUGAGGAGGCCAGGGGGGCCUCCGGGCGCUCCGUCUCGGCCGGCCAGUGGUCCCUGGACAGGUCCCUGGACAGGUCCCUGAACCGGGCCGUCCUGGCAGCCAGAGACAUGAGGCUCGUCUCCAAACGCAUGACCCGCUCCCUGGCCACCGGCCUCCACAACCAGAGGGCGCUGUCGCAGUCUUGCACGUACUGAACGACAGGAAGUCGCACCGCGGCGGGGGAAGUGAUCAAAGAUAGAGAGAGAUGAUCUCCAGGUGGCAGAACAGCUGUCCUGGAUUCUGUCUGUCUGGUAGCAAAACAGAGAUUCUUACUGUAGGAAGAAAGGAUUCUAUCUAUGUCUCUUCCUGAGUGUUCUGUGGAAGGGAAAUGAAUCGCUCCCAUAUCCUCCUAACUAUGACAGGGUGAACAGGCUGCUGUGGCACCAUCCAUGUUUGUACACCUGGAACCACUCUACAUGUUUAGCAUGGGUGGGAACGAUUCUAAUGUGAUGACAGCGCGCACCAGAACACACAGUUGUGAAGUGGAACUAGUUUUAACCACAAGGCCUUGAUGGCUUUGGCUUGAAAGACGGUGUGUAUAGGCCGUUUUACGUGUGUGUGUGUUUGUUACUUUCAGGGAAAUAAUUAAUCAGACUGUCUAUAGUCUCAAUAGGUUUUUGUGUCAAACACAAAAGGAGUAUAUUUUCUAAAGCUUCUGACGUCCCCAUAUCUUUUUUGUACUGUGUUGAUCUAAUUUUUUUGUUUUUCCAGAUACUGCAUUUUGAAACUAAAUGAAAACAGAUAAUGAUUACCAUUUUCUGUUUAAAUAAAUUUUGGAUGUU